CCUUUCUGUUUACCUUUGUUGCAUAUGCAUGGUAUAUGCCAUUUUCCUGGCCCGCGUCUAGCUAAGAAGAUCGACCUUUGAAAUAACAUUAUUCACCUGACAUUCCAGUGACAAGAAAAUAAAUUCCUUCUCUUCAAGAUGACGGCAAUGGCAGGUCUUCCCGCUGAUUUUGGCUAUGUGAUCCUCACAGCCGUGGCCAGUGCCUUCAUGGUCGGCUAUCUCGCAGAGCGAGUCGCUUUUGCUCGUAAGACACACAAAGUAGAGUAUCCUACAUUUUACAGCCCAGACAACCAGCUGUUUAACUGUUUCCAGCGUGCUCAUGGGAAUACUUUGGAGAAUUAUCCUCAGUUCCUGAUGUUUCUUCUCCUCGCUGGUAUUGGUUUUCCGAGAGCUUCAUCGGUGCUGGGAGCCAUCUGGAUCGUGAGUCGCUUCAGUUAUGCUCAUGGUUACUACAGUGGAGAACCCGGUAAGAGGAUGUGGGGAGUGUACGGGUACAUCGGACUCCUAGGUUUGAUCGGUCUCUCCGUCACCAAUGCACUUCGCCUUCUUGAAGUUAUCUAAGACGCCACUCUGUGUACCUUCCCGGC